AUGAACGAACUAUUCGCCCGUCGUAGGGCGAGUUUCGACGAAUGCACUGAUCUCUCUGCUCUCUGCCCUGCUGAAGCAACGGUUCUGGGCUACGUUCCUAACAAAGGCUCCAGUAUCUUCUUCAUCAUCUGCUUUGCGAUCUUGUUCGUUUCUGCUGUGGGAAUCGGUAUUUGGAAGAGAACAUGGACGUAUGCUGCAACGUUGGGAGCAGGUUUGCUACUUGAGACCAUUGGAUAUGUUGGCCGUCUUCAAAUGAACCCUAACCCUUGGGAUUCAUCAGCUUUCCAGACUCAAAUCUGCUGUAUCAUCAUCGCCCCGACCUUCAUCUGCGCCGCCAUAUACCUCACCCUCAAGCACGUCGCCAUCGCUCUCAACCCAGCUCUCUCACGAUUCCACCCUCGCUGGUACCCUCGCGUCUUCCUCCCCGCCGAUCUAUCAUGUCUUGUCGUCCAGGCUAUCGGAGGUGGUGUCGCAGCAGCAGCCAAGCGCGAUGAGCCCGAGAAGGCUCAAACCGGUAACAGAACCAUUAUCGCUGGUGUCGUCCUCCAAGUUGUUGUCCUGGCCGCCUUCGGUAUCAUGGGAACGGAUUAUUGGAUCCGCGUGAGGAAGUACAUCCACAGCUCCGAGGUCAACCCUGAGUCGCUGCGUGUCUGGCAGAAUAAGAAGUUCAGGCUAUUUGGCGGUGCUGUCAUGGUCGCUUACUUUUCCAUUCUCACACGUUGCAUCUACCGAAUCGCAGAAAUGGCCGGCGGUUGGGGCAACCACAUUAUGCAGGAUGAGCCUAGCUUCCUCGUACUCGACAGUACUCUGAUCUUCGUGACGGGCUUCUGUUUGACUGCUUUCCACCCUGGUAUCUUCUUCCUCCAGAUGGCCAAUGUCCGAAACAAGAAGACUUCUGAGGCUGGAACGCCCAUGGAGUCGUCGUCUGGUGAGGAGAGAAAGGUCGAAAAUUCCCAGAAUGCUUAA